AUGAGAAAAUACCAUGCGCUAGGAGCAGCAGCAGCAGCAGCAGCAGCAGCAGUUCUCUCUGGCCUCUUCAUCAUGAGGCGGAAUCGCCGUCGCCCUUCGCCGUCGCUCGUCCAUGAACGGGGCCAAGUUGUCGUGAUUACAGGAGGGUCAAGCGGGCUUGGUCACGAACUUGCGCAGUUAUAUAUAGCUGCGGACGCGCGAGUGGCCAUCCUGGAUAUCAAAGACGAAGACGAGGAUGGCGCGUGCGCUUCCUCGACCCGAUACUACAAAUGCGAUGUCUCCAACAGCGAAGACGUGGAGAUGACGUUGAACCGGGUUGAAUCCGAGCUUGGACCCCCGAAGACCCUAAUUAACUGCGCCGCAACGAAAAUCAACCAACUACCAUUUUCAGAUCUUUCCAACGACAAGUUCAUGCAAACCAUCGCAAUUAAUCUCCUGGGCUCGGUGAAUACCACUCGUGCAAUUUUGAACCGGGCCGUCUCUAACCAGCGGAGCGUCACCAUCGUCACUGUAAGCUCGGUGGUGGCGCACCUCUAUCCUGCCGGAUUAUCUGAUUACGUAGUCAGCAAGGCCGGAUUGAGUGCCCUUCAUCACUGUCUUGAGGCGGAGGCUCGUUUGGAAGCAGUGGAUGAUCAAGUGAGAUUUGUCCUCGUCGAGGUGGGACAAAUGGACACUCCGUUAUUUAGUUGGAUCAACCCGCCCAACCCAUCGCUGGCUCCCGUCCUCUGUCCCCGGUACGUGGCGGAACAGAUUGUCCGCCGCCUUGGUCAGGACAAAGGUAGUAGUAUUCUUCGGUUGCCAAUGUAUGCCUCUUGGGUCUGCGGAUACGAUAUGCUUCCACCGCAAUGUCAGCGCUGGGCGCGGCAUCUCAUGGGGGUGGAUAUGGCACAUAGUCCCAAGGGGGUGAAGGAUAUCUGA